UACAUCUGGCUCUGUGAAUGGAUUUUUUGUUCCGUUUUGCAGCCGGUGGCCGCAUUCUGAAUAGAAUGACCACAGGCGUCGGCCGGUUUUAAGCGACGGGUCCUUCGGAAAAUGACACCGUUAACAUUGUUCUGGAAAUUUUCAACUCCGGGAUUAUCCUCGACUCCUCUCUGUCGUUCCAACCACGUAUUCAAUCCAUCACUAAACCCCGUCGGGCCCCUCUUCACAGUAGAGCCAAAAUCCCCCCUUUCCCCUCCGCCCACUCCGCUACCGUGCCGUCGCUCGUCCUCUCCCGCCCGGAUUGCCGCGUCGGCCCCCUCGCUGACCGACCGGCCUCCCGUCUCUCGCGACUCCAGUCCGUACUUCCCUCUCCUGCCCGGAUCGUUGUGCUACGGAAACGUUCGGGACGUGUCACCCCGCUCCUCUGUGACUUCAGAUGCCCAAAGCGAGUGGGCGGAAGGGGGUGCAGCACAUUGCCGGGAUCCUGCCGGAAGGAAACUCCAAACCUUUUAUGGCCAAAGUGACCCCGGCCUCGUGCCGACGGUGUGCCGGAGUAGCCUGGGCCAGCAGCCGCCUACCGGAGUGGCCGCCUGGGUAGCCACGGCAGCCUUCGAAGCCCUCGACAGUUUCAGGAUCCCUACUGAGCCGGUCCUGUCACUGGUCUUCCCUUUCCUGAUUCGCGGAGGAAAGCCAACACCGGUCUCCACGUUCAUCAUGGCUUUUCUAUUCUGUAGCUUUAACGGAUACUUGCAAGGCCAAAAUUUAAGUAAAUAUGCAGUUUAUCCCACUAGCUGGUUAAGAAAUCCCCGUUUCAUCAUCGGUUUUCUUCUGUGGCUGAUCGGCAUGCUAAUUAACAUCCACUCAGAUCACAUUCUGAGAAACCUGAGGAAACCAGGCGAGACGGGGUACAAGAUACCACGGGGAGGCCUGUUUGAAUAUGUCAGCGGAGCCAAUUUCUUUGGAGAGAUAGUGGAAUGGUAUGGUUAUGCACUUGCCAGCUGGUCUGUGGAAGGUGCUGCUUUUGCCACAUUCAGUGCUUCUUUUCUCAUCAACAGAGCACAACUGCAUCAUCGGUGGUAUCUUGAGAAAUUUGAAGACUACCCAAAGUUGAGGAAAAUUUUAAUUCCAUUUUUGUUUUAAUCAUGAUAAGGGUGAAAUUUUGGAAUAUCCUAAGCUUACAAUUAUGACAUUUGCUUUUGCAUCUAUCUGGGGAAGCACACAUCCGGACCACAACCACCAGCAAUAAUUUGCCGAGUCUUCCGGGAGUUUACCCAGGGUAACAAAAAUGUCUUCUGGGUGCUAACAGUGGAGUAUCUGGUUGGAAAACAGCGUGGCCCCGACGAGUGCUAAUCAAGACCUCAAACUUCCAGUUUUCCUCUAGACUGUAAACUCACUGUGGGCAGGGAAUGCGUCUACCAGCCCAAUUAUAUUGUUAUAAUGUACUCUCCCAAGUGCUCAGUACAGUCCUCUGAACACAUUAAGCGCUCAGUGAAUUCUGUCGAUCGGUCGGUUGAUUGAUCGAUCGACCUGGCCAUUGACUUUGCAGGGUGACCUCGUCUGUGUUUUUUUUCCAAUGGUAUUAAGUGCUGCCGAAGUGCCGGGGUGGAUAUAAACUAAUGAGGUUGCACAUAAUCCAGGUCCCAGUCUUAAUCCCCAUUUUACAGAUAAGGUAACUGAAGCGAAGAGAAGUUAAAUGACUUGCUCAGGAUCACCCCGCAGAUCAUUGGUGCAGCCAGGAUGAGAACAAGACCUUCUGACCGCCAGGCCCUUUCUCUCUCCACUAGGUCAUGCUCCUUCUCUGAUCUUGUCAGCCACUUCAGUUUUCAGUGUCUGUGGAGAUUAAUGGGAGUGAUUCCUUUGUUAUCUACCUCUUCUUGAUUGUGGGAAUAUGUGCUUUAAUGGUAAAGUUUAUGUUAUUCUUA